CUAUAUAUAGUGCUGAUUGAUCUACCACUAAUAUAAUAUUAUGCAUAUUUGAUGAGAUGUAAUGUUUUAUAUAUUUGAUUCAUCUUAAUCAUGCUUCACGUUUUGACACUUUAGACUCUGCCUCAUGUCAUCUAUUAAUAUAUUGCUAUACUUUGUUUGCACUAUAAAUACCUUAUUUUCAAACACAAUGAACUCAUCUUCUUACUCACCUUUAUCUGUUUGUUAAUUUUUUAAAGUAAUGGAUAAUAACAGUAUUAACAAUGUGAACCUUCCACCCGGAUUUCGUUUUUAUCCAACAGAUGAAGAGCUUGUACUUCAUUUCCUUCACAGAAAAAAAACACCACUCUUACCUUUCCACCCUGAUGUCAUUCCUGAUCUUCACCUUUACUCAUAUGAUCCAUGGCAACUUCAUGGUAGAGCUUUGGCUGAGGGAAACAAAUGGUAUUACUAUAGCAGAAGGAGUACACAAAAUAGAGUCACUUGCAAUGGUUAUUGGAAGCCAACAGGAAUAGAAGAGCCAGUGUUUUGUAGCACCAAAAACAACAGAAUUGGCAUCAAGAAACAUUUUGUCUUUCAUAUGGGAGAAUCAGAUUCUGUUGGUAUCAAAACCAAUUGGAUCAUGCAUGAAUUUCGUCUAUCACAUAGUUCUACUAAUUCCUCUUCCUCAUCAUCCAAAAUAAAAUCACAACCAAUAAAAGAUUAUAGUAAAUGGGUGAUAUGUCGUGUAUAUGAGAGCAAAGGAGAUGACGACGACGACGGAACGGAUCAGCUCUCUUGUUUGGAUGAAGUUUUCUUGUCAUCAUUGGAUGAUUUUGAUGAAAUAAGCUUACCAAAUUAUAACUAAUUAGCUUAUGUGAAAUUCAUAAAGUGUAUAACGUUAUGCUUUCAAAGAUCCCAUUCACUUCAAAUUUGUCUGCUCUUUAUUCUGUAUAAAAAAGACACCUCACACCCAUGGCAUUUAGUAUGUACUCGUUCAAUUGUGGUUUAUAGAAAGUGAAUGGGAUUGUGGAGCCCAUUGAGUACUAUAAGUAAGGUGAAGGAAGCUUGCAAAUGAGCAUUCAACAAUAAACAUAAGCUUUAUAGCUUUUUGCCUACUUUCAUUGAUGCUAUUUGGUACCUGUUGUUGUCUUGUGUCACAAUGCUAAGGGACAAUCUCUCUGUUUUUUCCUUUGCACGUCUAUAAAAGUGCAUGCUUAGGGAAGCAUAAGUCAUGUGUGAUGCAACCACUCAAUUGCUUUUCAAGCACCAGUAUAAUCACUAUACUUCAUUUUGAAUUAAGUUUUUAUCAUAUACAUCAAUUAUUACUUUUACUUA